AUGGCCUUUCAAGCAGCCCAAGAUAGCAAUACAGCGUUCAAACUGGAGAAUCUUUUCAAUGUCAAGGACAGAGUUGCCAUUGUGACAGGCGCCGGCACUGGCAUCGGUCUAAUGCAAGCCCAAGCCCUCGCAGUAAACGGCGCCAAAGUCUACAUCGUCGGGCGAACCGGCGAAAAGCUCGACCAAGUCGCCCAGCUGUACGGAAAAAAUAUCGAGGGACAGAUCAUCCCCCUGACGGCCGAUAUCACCGACAAGCAAUCCAUCGACAACCUAGUCAAAGAGUUCUCCAAGCGACAGUCGCAAUCGCCAAACUUCCGAAACCCCGAAGAGCUCCGCAAGAGCCUAUUCGAGAGUGAUAAUGCCACUUUUGCAGACUGGGAUGCUAUCUACCGGACUAACGUCGGAAGCCUGUAUUUCAUGACGACCGCGUUUCUCCCGCUGCUGCAGAAGGGAAGCGAGAAGCGGUACACGUGGAGCAGCACGGUGAUCAACACGAGCUCGAUUUCGGGUAUCGUGAAGGUGUCGCAGGAUCAUUUCGCGUAUAAUACGUCCAAGGCGGCUGCGGUGCAUUUGACGAAGAUGCUGGCUUACGAGAUCACCAAGGCUGGUCUGAAGAUCCGCAUUAAUCAGAUCGCCCCUGGCGUGUUUCCGAGUGAGAUGACGGCUAUGAGUAGCGAUGACAAGCAUAAGAGUCAUCUGCCCAAGGAGAUGAUGGAGGGCAUGGUGCCUGCUGCGAGACCUGGACAUGAUCGUGAUAUGGCCAGUGCUGUCAUCUAUGCUUCUACGAAUCAGUAUCUGAAUGGCGCUGUCAUUGUGGUGGAUGGCGGUUAUAUUGUAGCUACUGGCGCGAUAACUGUUUAG